UCCCAAGAGCAAAGAAACCUCUUUCCAAAUACUUCGGUCCUGUUCUUCAGUCUGGGCCUGGUUGUUGCAGGGAACUACAUUUCCCAGAAGGCCUUGCGAGCACCAUUGGCGUCAACCUUGUCUUUCCCAGGCGUUCCAGGGGGCCGUUUUUCUAGAGCGGGAGAAGGAAAUCUGAGCAAUAUGGGGUCCCGCAGGGCUCCUCUUCUUCCUGGUCCCCCCCGGCUGGAGGGAGAGCCUGGCUUUUGCACGUCUGCAGGAGAGAAAUCCACAGUGUCCUUUGAGGAGAUAGCCGUGUUCUUCAAGGAGGAGGAAUGGGCUCUGCUGGAUCCAAGCCAAAGAAAACUGUUCUGGGAAGUUACGGAGGAAAAUUAUGAGAAUGUUGCCUCUCUGGUUGCAGGAAACUACAUUUCCCAGAAGGUCUUGCAAGCACCGCAGAAGUCAACCCUACCUUUCCUAGGUGUUCAUGGGGUGGUUUUUCCGCAAAGGGGAGAAGGAAAUGUAUGGAAUAUGCGGUUCCACAGGGUCUCUCUUCUUUCUUAUUCCUCCUGGUUGGAGGGAGAAUUUGGCUCCUGCACCUCUGCAGGAAAGAAAUCCCCAGUAUCCUUUGAGGAGGUAGUUGUGUCUUUCACAGCAGAGGAAUGGGCUGUGCUGGAUCCAGGCCAAAGGAAACUCUUCUGGGAAGUGAUGAAGGAAAAUUAUGAGUCUGUUGCCUCACUCGUUUCAGAUGUGAGGAAGAUGAAGUGUGAGAAAGAAUCAGGAAGGAAAGUUGUGAAAAAUGAUGAUGUACAGGUUGAAGUGAAAUCUUGGGAUCAAGCGGUACCAAAGCACGAGUGCAGAAGGAAAAGGGAAAUGAAAGAUAAGCAGAUGCAGGAAUUGAUUGACUGUCAGAGCAGAAAAAAGCCUAAGAUCUCAGCCCAAAAUGAAACACAGAAGAGAAAUAGAAGGCAUAAUACUCCUGAGAAUCAUGAAUGGUUCAGCUGCAAAUUCAGUGUUAAUACACGUCUCACUAUUACAAUGUGCUGGAUAUGUGGAAAGGGCUUCCGCUGGAGUAGUGAACUAAAAAUACAUGAAAGGAUUCAUACAGGGGAGAAGCCAUAUAAAUGCUUGGAGUGUGGAAAGUGCUUCUCUCAGAAUGGUCACCUUACUCUACAUCAAAGGGUUCACUCAGGGGAGAAGCCAUAUAAAUGCUUGGAGUGUGGAAAGUUCUUUUCUCGCAAAGAUAGCCUAGCUGCACAUCAAAGGAUUUGCACAGGGGAGAAGUCAUAUAAAUGCUUGGAGUGUGGACAGUACUUCUCUCAGAAUAACCACCUAAUUAUACAUCAAAAGAUUCACAGAGGGGAGAAGACAUAUAAAUGCUUGGAGUGUGGAAAGUGCUUCUCUCGGAACGCCCACCUUACUGUACAUGAAAGGGUUCACUCAGGGGAGAAGCCAUAUAAAUGCUUGGCGUGUGGAAAGUGCUUCUGUCAGAAUGGCCACCUUACUGUACACGAAAGGGUUCACUCAGGGGAGAAACCAUAUAAAUGCUUGAAGUGUGGAAAGUGCUUCUCUUCAAAUGGCUACCUAACUGCACAUAAAAGGAUUUGCACAGGGGAGAAGUUAUAUAAAUGCAUGGAAUGUGGUCAGUGCUUCUGUCAGAAUUGUGACCUAACUGAACAUCAAAAGAUUCACACAGAGGAGAAGCCAUAUAAAUGCUUGGAGUGUGGAAAGUGCUUCUCUCGGAAUUGUGACCUAACUAAACAUCGAAAGAUUCACACAGGGGAGAAAGCAUAUAAAUGCUUGGAGUGUGGAAAGUGCUUUUCUCGGAACGCCCACCUUACUGUACAUCAAAGGGUUCACUCAGGGGAGAAGGGAUAUAAAUGCUUGGAGUGUGGAAAGUGCUUCUCUCAGAAUGGCCACCUUACUCUACAUCAAAGGGUUCACUCAGGGGAGAAGCCAUAUAAAUGCUUCGAGUGUGGAAAGUGCUUUUCUCGGAAAGACAGCCUAACUACACAUAAAACCAUUCACUCAGGGGAGAAGCCAUAUAAAUGCUUAGAAUGUGGAAAAUGCUUCUCUCAGAAUGGCCACUUAACGAUUCAUCAAAAGAGUCACAUAGGGGAGAAGCCAUAUAAGUGCUUGAAGUGUGGAAAGUGCUUCUCUCUCAAUGGUUGCCUAGCUAGACAUCAGAAAGUUCACACAGGGGAGAAGCCAUAUAAAUGCUUGGAGUGUGGAAAGUGCUUUUCUCGGAAUACCAGCCUAACUGUACAUGGAAAGAUACACUCAGGGGAGAAGCCAUAUAAAUGUUUGGAGUGUGGAAAGUGCUUCUAUCGGAAUAGGGAUUUAACUAAACAUCACAAUGUUCACACAGGUGAGAAGCCAUAUAAAUGCUUGGAGUGUGGAAAAUGUUUCUCCCUGAAUGGCACCCUACGUAGACAUCAGAAGGUUCACACAGGGGAGAAGCCAUAUAAAUGUUUGGAGUGUGGAAAGUGCUUCUCUUGCAGCGGUGAUUUAACUAAACAUCAGAAGGUUCACAUAGGGGAGAAGCCAUAUAAAUGCUUGGAGUGUGGAAAAUGCUUCUCUCGGAAUGACAACCUAACAGCACAUCAAAAAGUGCACACAGGGGAGAAGCCAUAUAAAUGCUUGGAGUGUGGAAAGUGCUUUUCUUGGAAUGCCCACCUUACUGUACAUGAAAGGGUUCACUCAGGGGAGAAGCCAUAUAAAUGCUUGGAGUGUGGAAAGUACUUCUUAAAGAAUAGCAGCCUAACUGCACAUCAAAGGAUUCACGUAGGGGAGAAGCCAUAUAAAUGCUUGGAGUGUGGAAAGCGUUUUUCUCUGAAUGACACCCUAAGAAGACAUAGAAAGGUUCACACAGGAGAGAAGCCAUAUAAAUGCUUGGAGUGUGGAAAGUGCUUUUCUCUGAAUGACACCCUAAAGAAACAUAAGAAGAUUCACACAGGAGAGAAGCCGUAUAAAUGCUUGGAGUGUAGAAAGUGCUUCUCAGAGAAUAGCAGCCUAGCUGCACAUCAAAUGAUUCACACAGGGGAGAAACCAUUUGAAUGUUUGGAGUGUGGAAAGUGCUUCUCUCGAAAUGGUGAUUUAACUAAACAUCAUAAGAUUCACGCAAGGGAGAAGCCAUAUAAAUGCUUGGAGUGUGGAAAGUGUUUUUCUCUUAAUGGCACCCUAAAUAGACAUCAGAGAGUUCACAUGGGGAAGACACCAUAUAAAUCACUAGAUCGUGGAAAGUGCUUAUCAAAGAAAAGCCCCCUAACUGCACAUCAAAGGCUUCCAACAGCAGAGAAGCCAUAUAAAUGCUUGGAGUGUGGAAAGUGCUUUUCUUGGAAUGGUGGCCUAAGUAGACAUCAAAGGGUUCACACAGGGGAGAAACCGUAUAAAUGUUUGGAGUGUGGAAAGUGCUUCUCUCAGAUUGGCACUCUAAGUGCACAUCGAAAGGUUCACACAGGGGAGAAGCCAUAUCAGUGUUUGGAGUGUGGAAAGUGCUUUUCUAAGAAUAGCAACUUGACUGUUCAUCAAAAGAUUCACACAGGGGAGAAGCCGUAUAAAUGUUUGGAGUGUGGAAAGUGCUUCUCUCAGACUGGCACGCUAAGUGCACAUCAAAAGGUUCACACAGGGGAGAAGCCAUAUCAAUGUUUGGAGUGUGGAAAAUGCUUUUCUAAGAAUAGCAACCUGACUGCUCAUCAAAAGAUUCAUACAGCGGAGAAGCCUUAUAAAUGCUUGGAGUGUGAAAAGUGCUUAUCUCAGAACGAAAAACUGACUUCACAUGAAAAGGUUCACAAAGGGGAGGAGCUGUAUAAAUGCUUGGAGUGUGAAAAGUGCUUCUCUCAGAUUGGCACCCUAUGUGCACAUCAAAAGGUUCACACGGGGGAGAUGCCAUUUAAAUGUUUGGAACGUGGAAAGUGCUUUUCUAAGAAUAGCAACCUGACUGCCCAUCAAAAGAUUCAUGCAAGGGAGAAACCAUAUAAAUGCUUGGAGUGUGGAAAGUGUUUUUUGCUUAAUGGCACCCUAAAUAGACAUCAGAAGGUUCAUCUGGGGGAGAAGCCAUAUAAAUCAUUGGAGCGUGGAAAGUGCUUAUCAAAGAAAAGCACCCUAACUGCACUUCAAAGAGCUCCCACAACAGAAAAGCCGUAUCAAUGCUUUGAGUGUGGAAAGUGCUUUUCUUGGAAUGAUGGCCUAAGUAGACAUCAAAGGGUUCACACAGGGGAGAAGCCGUACAAAUGCCUGGAGUGUGGAAAGUGCUUCUCUCGGAAUGACAAGCUGACUGCACAUGAAAAGGUUCAUACAGGGGACAAGCCGUAUAAAUGCUUGGAGUGUGAAAAGUUCUUCUCUCGGAAUGACAAACUGACUGCACAUGAAAAGGUUCACAGGGGGGAGGAGCCAUAUAAAUUCUUGGUGUGUGGAAACUACUUUUCCCAGAAUGACAACCUUUUGUCAUUCAUUCAGAGUCAAAGUGUCUCCUUAUACCACAUGAUUCACAUAGAAAAUCCAUCCAAUCACAGUUAGCAUGUACGAAACAGGUUAAAGUGGGUAUCCUUGCCAGUUUGUAGCCCUGACCUCUUUCAUAGUAGCUGCCCUGGAUGAAAUCCAUCUCCAUACCUUUUGACUCCUUUCUGUCCAUGCCUUCUUAUUUUCCUCAAGCAAAUAAAUGUAGCACCUGGUUGAGGAAAACCUACAUAUUUUUCCAUAAAACUCUCCUGUGUUCCUCUGCAAAACCCUGCUAUGUUAAAGUAUCAUUCACUAAGGUGGUGAAAUUGAUUAGUACCUAAUAUUACCUCUUAGAAAAUGAAGAGUCUCAUAAUUUUCCUGCAGGAACUUAUUGCAAUCUGAGAAAAUGUGAUAACUGUGAAUUAAAUUUCAUGGAGGGCCAUUCUUCCAGUGACUGCUAGCCAUGGUGCCUAAAGGGAAUCUGCACAUUCAGAGGCAGUCAACCUCUGAGGGAAAUACCUUAUUUUCUUUCCUUUGUUGUUGGUCCUCAAAAGGAAUUGGUUGUCCCCUGUGUGAGAUGGUUUGUUGCGCUAGACGGAGGACUGAUGUGAAUAAGGUUAUGUUUCUAAAUACCUGUCCUCCUCUUGAAAGACCAAUGGCCAAUGUAAGCUAUCUUCUAUAUCCAAUAGGCUUACCAUAUCCCUUUGUAAGAAUGCUGUUCCAUGAAGCUGGAAUAUCUUUGGAAAUUUGAUAGAAUAUACUUGGGGACCUUCUGGCCUUGAAUCCUUAUUUCUGGCUGCUGUUUGCUUGUUUUGGGGUGUAUUGUAAAAUGCAUCCCCAUUCAAUAGCAUCACUUUGUGUUUCACACCAGAAGCAGAGUUGUAUAUUGGAGUGAAACCAAGGCCCCUUCCGCACAGGCAAAAUAAUGUGUUUUCAAACCACUUUCACAACUGUUUGCAAGUGGAUUUUGCUAUUCCGCACUGCUUCAAAGAGCACUGAAAGCAGUUUGAAAGUGCAUUAUUCUGCAUGUCCCCACCCAAGAAUGCCACUGUCAGUUGGCAACCAUGUGUGUUGUGGAGAUCUUGGGAGUAAGGGUCAGCAAAGGGUGGCAGGAUUGAGAACUUCCAGGAGAAGGGGAGGUCAAAGUCCCAAGCAGGAGGAAUUGUGUGUCUGGCACAGACUUUAGUGCUGAGUAAGAAACCAGAUAGAAGAGCAGGCUGGGAGUCCUUGCACUCUGAAGGAACUUUGAAUUGAGUGAGACAUUGGAGGCAAGAUCCCUACUUAGAAAAAUAUUUGGUAGUUCCUGCUGGGACCUCAUGAUCUUGGCCUCUCUGUAGGAAGGCUUCACUCUGCAGGAAAGGGGAGGAGCCUGAAACUACCCAAAAGGACCAUCAGUAGGGCCCCUGCCUGAAGCAGCCCUUGAACCCAGAGAGGAGGAAAUGGGAGGAUGGACCUUUUGGUUGUAGCAGGAUUGAUCAAGGCAAGAGUUGACUGCUAUACAGGGUGAGAGUGCAGUUAAAGUGACUUAUGUGCAUUUCUCUGGCUUGUGGGUUUUCUGUGUGGGAGGAUAGAAUACUCAGUGGGGUGGUGGCCCUGGGGUGGGUACACUGCGGUCUUUCAUUUCCACAAUCCAUUUGGUAAUACUCAUUAAUUACAGUUCUUUAUGCAUAUAGUUGUGAGAAGGUGGCGUAUAAAUGAUAAAUCAAUUAAUAAAAUGGUUGAAAGCAACUGUUAUGAUUA